CCCCGAAAAAACGUCACGGCGGUACCGGUAGUCUCGAGACCCUUUUCGCGUCGUCGUCUCCUCCUCCAUAUUUUCCCUCUUAACCAAAAGCCCACGGAGUCAGACCAGAUACUCUAACUCGGUAUAUUACGUCGUCCCAGGGGUUGCACAGCCAAGCUCACCUCCAGGGAUCUCUUAUCUCUCUCCCGCCUGAACCGGAAUCGCGCCCUUUUUCUCUCACAUUCUCAAUCUCAGCCGUCCACACUCUCAACACCAAUUGCACCCCCUGCCUGGAUCUCUUAUCUUUUGAGUCUCUUCCUCCCUUCUUCCUACUUUACUGUUGGCCCAGAAUGUCACUAUCACGUCCGCUGUCACGCAGUGCAACCUCCUUGACCUUGUCACAUCAUCCCUCUUUAUCGACGUUGGCAUUUCUAUUUCUAUAUCACUCCUCCCAAGUCAGAACCGGCGUCAUGGCUAUGGGAGGCGAUGGUGAUGCUCGAGGAGCAACGCAGCUCAAGUAUAACGGUACAGGCGCAACAGGUGCUAAUCCGCUCAAUAUGGAUGUCAAUAUCUGGUACGAGGUGAGUUGUCUAUCUCCGUCGGUCAUUCUCUCAUCUUUGGUCCUCACUCUGUUCACUUUCUAUUUCUCUUGAUCUCUCAGUCUUCUCACCUUUCUCACUCAAAAAAAAAAAGAGUCUGAGAAAGUCCUUUGAGACAGGCAGUGGGUCAUGUUGAAUAGUGGCCCCUCCAAUAUCUUGAACGCCCGCAAGCUGACAUUUUGCGCCCGCAGCCUGGUGAUAUCGCCUGGAUGCUCUCGGCCACAGCUCUAGUGCUGUUAAUGAUUCCUGGCGUUGGGUAAGUCUUUUUUUGGCGCUGUUCAAUUGGAUUAGUGAUCUCAUUUGCUGAUGUUUGUGUCCAAAGCUUCUUCUAUUCAGGUCUCGCCCGUCGCAAAUCGGCUCUUUCGCUUAUAUGGCUCUCAGUAAUGAGCGCCGCAGUGACAACUUUCCAAUGGUUCUUCUGGGGCUUCUCUCUCACGUUCUCGCAUACGGCCGGCCCGUUUAUCGGUGACCUUGCCAACUUUGGCUUCCGCGAUGUCCUGGCCCGGCCCUCGGUUGGUUCCGCACAUCUCCCCGAUAUGCUCUUCGCCGUUUACCAGGGCAUGUUCUCCGCCCUAACUGUCGCUCUCGCUACCGGUGCCGUCGCCGAGCGUGGCCGCAUGCUCCCCUGUAUUAUCUUCAUCUUCGUGUGGGCCACUGUCGUGUACGACCCCAUCGCCUGCUGGACCUGGAACCCCAAUGGCUGGUCCAACAAGAUGGGCGGCCUCGAUUUUGCUGGAGGUACCCCUGUGCACAUCGCUUCUGGAAGCGCUGCUCUGGCUUAUUCCAUGAUGCUGGGCAAGCGUAGUGGCCAUGGAACGCAUGAGCUCAACUAUCGCCCUCACAAUGCUACUCAUAUCGUAACCGGAACGGUCUUCCUUUGGGUUGGAUGGUUUGGCUUCAACGCCGGCUCUGCCCUCUCUGCUAACCUUCGUGGCGUAAUGGCCGCCGUCGUAACUAACCUUGCUGCUUGUGUCGGUGGCAUGACCUGGUGUCUCUUGGACUAUCGUCUGGAGAGGAAGUUCUCCACUGUCGGCUUUUGCUCUGGUGUUGUUGCCGGUCUCGUCUGCAUCACUCCUGGCUCUGGUUACGUCCCCCCAUGGGCUGCUGUCAUCUUUGGUGUUGUCGGCGCUGCUGGCUCUAACUAUGCUACCAAGGUGAAGUUUCUCCUUGGAAUUGAUGAUGCACUCGAUAUCUUCGCCGUCCACGGCAUUGGUGGUUUGAUCGGCAACAUCUGCACCGCCUUCUUCGCCACCCCAAGCAUCGCUGCUCUCGACGGCUACUCUCGCAUCAAGGGCGGUUGGGUCGAACGUCACUGGGCGCAGAUGGGUUAUCAACUGGCCGAUUCUAUCUGUGGAGGCCUAUACUCAUUCGUCGUCACUUGCAUCAUCCUAUUCCUCAUGAACCUCAUUCCCGGUCUGCGUCUUCGAGUCGAUUCGGAUGCCGAAGUUCAGGGUAUUGACGAUGCCGAGAUUGGAGAGUUCGCAUACGACUACGUUGAGCUUACUCGCGAAGUCGUCAGCGAUAUCGACAACGAGUCCGGAAGCCGAUACUCGGCUGAUCCUACGGCUUUCCACCAUUAUGAAAAAAACCACAUCCCUAUGAUUGAUGCUCGCAUGUUUGGUGGCCAGCCCGCGCAUGCCCCUGUGACGUUUCCACAGUGAGGUUGCUUAUGACAGGCGGGACGGCUAUAUGUAUUGAGUCAAAUUGUACGCAUCGAACGGCGCCAUGGGUUUGGAAUUGUUGAGUUAUAGAUACCCCGGUUCUUGAACCGAUUUUAUUGGAUGAUUUAGUUGUAUAGUACAUGGUUUCAUUGUUGUAUCAGCCUGGGUAGACACUUCAGUAUAAAAAACAAAAGGCAUAUUUUUCCAUCCACAGAUCCCUUUAGUCUCCGCGAUGCACCAUGACAAUGGGACUUUUCCAUUCACG